CUGUUCGAUGGGUCAGGCAUGCAGCUGGCUCUCUUCUCCCUCCGCGCCCAUGUUGUACACAGUGGCAAGUGACGUUCGACUGGCAGCAAGAAGCAGCGGUAGCCUCAAGCGCGUCGAAUCACUAGCACUUGCCGACUUCCUCAAGACCCGCUGUCCUUCGCUUUUCGCCCCAUUCUGCCCACCCUGGUGGUUGCGGAACGGCCACCUGCAGACAGGCUAUUGCGUAGUUGGCGACUUCUCUCAGGUAGACAAGGUCGUGUAUGAUCGAACUUUAAUUCGCCUAAGAGACGGGGGCACGCUUGGUUUGGACUCCACACCCCCGAUUCAUGAACGUGCGUUGCCGGAAGAUGCCCCAGUGAUCGUGGUCAUGCACGGCUUGACCGGAGGAUCGCAUGAGUCGUAUGUGCGCGCUGUCCUCGCGCAGGCCGUCAAGCCAAAGGAACAGGGCGGCCUGGGCUAUCGUGGCAUCGUCGUCAACUUCCGCGGAUGUGCGGGCGUGCCGAUGACCAGUGGCCAGCUCUACUCCGCCGGGCACACAGACGAUCUGCGCCAGGCGCUCAUGUACGUCGCACAACGCUAUCCGAACGCACCUUUGCUUGGCCUUGGCUUCUCCCUCGGGGCCAACGUAAUUGUUAGGUAUCUUGCUGAAGAAGGCGACCAUAGCCGCUUACGUGCAGCGUGCGCCCUAGGAUGCCCAUGGGACUUGCUUCUCAAUAGCGCGAGGAUGGAAGGCAGCUUCUUCCUCCGGAACGUCUACUCCAAAGCAAUGGCAUCCAACCUCCUCAACGUCCUCAACCUCAACAAACCCUCCCUCCUCCAACUCGCCCCAAACCGAUUCACACCAAUCUUAAACAGCCUAGACGCACUCAAGAACCUCACACUCGCAGAAUUCGACGGAGCCGUCACCAGUAAAGUCGGUGGCUCCUCACCACCACACGGGCCCUUCCCCUUCCCCGACGCAGAUGCGUAUUACAAAUGGGCGAGUAGUCAUAAAUGUUUGGCGAAUGUAAGAGUUCCGGUGUUAGCGAUUAACGCCGUGGAUGACCCGAUUGUUGGACAUGUACCGACUGAUGUUGGAGAUAAUGGAUACGUCGCGCUCGUCGUCACUUCAGGCGGAGGCCACCUUGGGUGGUUCGAACCUCCUUCCUCUCCCGAGGACAACGGACAUCUCCGCAGGUGGAUGGUCAAGCCAGUUGUUGAGUGGCUUAGGGCAGUCGCAGAGGACUUGGAAUUUACCCCGUCAUCGCAUCCACUCGAGCUCGUAGAAGACGGAGAAUGGACUACGGAAACCGGGCGAACACAUCUCGGCUUUAAAGUAAUCGGCGAGACGGGCGAGAUUAAAGGCACUGAAGGCGAAGGUGGUCUAUUCGCUGGGCUUUGA